GGAGAGGGACCUAUUUAAAGCUACCCUGUGGCUGACUGCCUGCUCUGUCUGUUUGCCGGGGUCUCUGGCCGUCCCAGACCAGAGGUGUGAGCUUGGGAUCCUCUUGGUGACCUCUCCUGUCUAGUCCCCCCAGCCACUCUGCCCCAAGAUGGGCCGUGGGGCCGGCCGUGAGUACUCGCCCGCGGCCACCACGGCGGAGAAUGGAGGCGGCAAGAAGAAGCAGAAAGAGAAGGAGCUGGAUGAGUUGAAGAAGGAGGUGGCCAUGGACGACCACAAGCUGUCCUUGGAUGAGCUGGGCCGCAAAUACCAAGUGGACCUCUCCAAGGGCCUCACCAACCAGCGGGCCCAGGACAUUCUGGCUCGGGAUGGGCCCAACGCCCUCACCCCGCCCCCGACCACCCCUGAGUGGGUCAAGUUCUGUCGCCAGCUCUUUGGGGGCUUCUCCAUCCUGCUGUGGAUCGGGGCCAUUCUCUGCUUCCUGGCCUACGGCAUCCAGGCCGCCAUGGAGGAUGAACCAUCCAAUGACAACCUCUACCUGGGUGUGGUGCUGGCAGCCGUGGUCAUCGUCACCGGCUGCUUCUCCUACUACCAGGAGGCCAAGAGCUCCAAGAUCAUGGAUUCCUUCAAGAACAUGGUGCCUCAGCAAGCCCUGGUGGUGCGGGAAGGAGAGAAGGUGCAGAUCAACGCGGAGGAGGUGGUGGUGGGAGACCUGGUGGAGGUGAAGGGCGGAGACCGCGUGCCCGCGGACCUCCGGAUCAUCUCUUCUCACGGCUGCAAGGUGGAUAACUCAUCUCUAACAGGCGAGUCGGAGCCCCAGACCCGCUCCCCCGAGUUCACCCACGAGAACCCCCUGGAGACUCGUAAUAUCUGUUUCUUCUCUACCAACUGUGUGGAAGGUACAGCCAGGGGCAUCGUGAUUGCCACAGGCGACCGGACAGUGAUGGGCCGCAUAGCCACGCUGGCCUCAGGCCUGGAGGUCGGGCGGACACCCAUCGCCAUGGAGAUCGAACACUUCAUCCAGCUGAUCACGGGGGUGGCCGUGUUCCUGGGGGUCUCCUUCUUCGUGCUCUCCCUCAUCCUGGGCUACAGCUGGCUGGAGGCGGUCAUCUUCCUCAUCGGCAUCAUCGUGGCCAAUGUGCCCGAGGGGCUGCUGGCCACUGUCACCGUGUGUCUGACCCUGACCGCCAAGCGCAUGGCACGCAAGAACUGCCUGGUGAAGAACCUGGAGGCGGUGGAGACGCUGGGCUCCACCUCCACCAUCUGCUCGGACAAGACGGGGACCCUCACCCAGAACCGCAUGACUGUCGCCCACAUGUGGUUCGACAACCAGAUCCAUGAGGCCGACACCACCGAAGAUCAGUCCGGGGCCACUUUUGACAAGCGAUCCCCCACGUGGACGGCCCUGUCUCGGAUUGCCGGCCUCUGCAACCGCGCUGUCUUCAAGGCCGGGCAGGAGAACAUCUCUGUGUCGAAGCGGGACACAGCCGGCGAUGCCUCCGAGUCAGCUCUGCUCAAGUGCAUCGAGCUGUCCUGCGGCUCCGUGAGGAAGAUGAGGGAUAGAAACCCCAAGGUGGCGGAGAUCCCCUUCAAUUCCACCAACAAGUACCAGCUGUCUAUCCACGAGCGGGAAGACAGCCCCCAGAGCCACGUGCUGGUGAUGAAGGGAGCCCCGGAGCGCAUCCUGGACCGGUGUUCCACCAUCUUGGUGCAGGGCAAGGAGAUCCCUUUGGACAAGGAAAUGCAAGAUGCCUUUCAGAACGCCUACAUGGAGCUGGGCGGGCUGGGGGAGCGCGUGCUGGGGUUUUGUCAGCUGAAUCUGCCCUCUGGGAAGUUCCCUCGCGGAUUCAAAUUUGACACAGACGAGCUGAACUUUCCCACGGAGAAGCUCUGUUUCGUGGGGCUCAUGUCCAUGAUCGACCCUCCCCGGGCUGCCGUGCCGGACGCCGUGGGCAAGUGUCGCAGUGCGGGCAUCAAGGUGAUCAUGGUGACUGGGGACCACCCGAUCACAGCCAAGGCCAUUGCCAAAGGUGUGGGCAUUAUAUCAGAGGGCAAUGAGACUGUGGAGGACAUCGCCGCCCGGCUCAACAUUCCUGUCAGCCAGGUCAACCCCAGAGAAGCCAAGGCAUGCGUCGUGCAUGGCUCGGACCUGAAGGACAUGACGUCGGAGCAGCUGGACGAGAUCCUCAGGAACCACACGGAGAUCGUGUUCGCGCGGACGUCCCCGCAACAGAAACUCAUCAUCGUGGAGGGCUGUCAGAGGCAGGGGGCCAUCGUGGCGGUGACGGGGGACGGCGUGAACGACUCCCCCGCGCUGAAGAAGGCUGACAUCGGCAUCGCCAUGGGCAUCUCGGGCUCCGACGUGUCGAAGCAGGCCGCCGACAUGAUCCUGCUGGACGACAACUUCGCCUCCAUCGUCACGGGCGUGGAGGAGGGCCGCCUCAUCUUUGACAACCUGAAGAAAUCCAUCGCGUACACCCUGACCAGCAACAUCCCCGAGAUCACCCCCUUCCUGCUCUUCAUCAUCGCCAACAUCCCCCUGCCUCUGGGCACCGUGACCAUCCUCUGCAUCGACCUGGGCACAGACAUGGUCCCGGCCAUCUCCCUGGCCUACGAGGCGGCUGAGAGUGACAUCAUGAAGCGGCAGCCCAGGAACCCUCAGACGGACAAGCUGGUGAAUGAGAGGCUCAUCAGCAUGGCCUAUGGACAGAUCGGGAUGAUCCAGGCACUGGGUGGCUUCUUCACCUACUUCGUCAUCCUGGCGGAGAAUGGUUUCCUGCCAUCACGGCUGCUGGGAAUCCGCCUGGACUGGGACGACCGGUCCAUGAAUGACCUAGAGGACAGCUACGGACAGGAGUGGACCUACGAGCAGCGGAAGGUGGUGGAGUUCACGUGCCACACGGCCUUCUUUGCCAGCAUCGUGGUCGUGCAGUGGGCCGACCUCAUCAUCUGCAAGACCCGCCGUAACUCGGUCUUCCAGCAGGGCAUGAAGAACAAGAUUCUGAUUUUUGGGCUCCUGGAGGAGACAGCGCUGGCGGCCUUCCUGUCCUACUGCCCGGGCAUGGGUGUGGCCCUCCGCAUGUACCCACUCAAGGUCACUUGGUGGUUCUGUGCCUUCCCCUACAGCCUCCUCAUAUUCAUCUACGAUGAGGUCCGAAAGCUCAUCCUGCGGCGGUAUCCCGGCGGCUGGGUGGAGAAGGAGACGUACUACUGAGCCGUCUGAAGAAGGACCAGGGUCAAGGGCGCCUGGAGGGGGCUGGGGGUGGUGGUGCAAAAAGACUGGGGGGUGUCGGGGGAGGGUCCGGGAGGGAGAAUGAGGCCACUCAGCAGGCUAAGUUCGGGGGAAUGGGUAACUAAGCUCGGGGUGAUUGCCUUGCAGACCUAACUACAAACAACCAGGUUAGACCCCACACGUCAGGGUCCUUCCCAGAUCCCAAUCCACACGUUCCGCUCUGUGGUCCACUUUUUCCGAGGAAUUAACGGCUACCCCAGCCCUCCCUGUUCCGUCCCUGCACGCCCACCUGCCAUUACGACAGUUCAACACCCAAAGGCAGGGACCUGUCUGAACCAGGAGGAGGGGACCGUCUCAGAUCACCAAUGUCCCUUCAUCUCCCCGGCCUUACCCCACUGUCCCUUCCACCCGUCCUUUGCUUCCUGCCAGACGCUGCCCCCUGCCCCCGCUGGGGAUGAGACGCGGUUCCUCCUGGUGAGUGCCAGGUGUGGGGCCAGAAAGGGAAGCUGGCUGCAGAAGUCACCCAUCCCCCCAGGCAAGGCUGGUUAGGAACCUCUAGGGGAGAGCUGGGCAGGGCGGUGGGAGGCGGACGGACAGAUACGGUAAAGGGAGCCGGGGAAGAGAGUGCCAAGGACAGGACAGCUGAUGUGUGGCAUCUCCAGCCCUGCGUCCUGCCCUUUUAAAGCUUCCUGCCAGCUCACAUGUCACCAGAGUAGCAGCAAAGGCAGGCCAGCUCGAUCCGGAAGCUCCCCUGGGAUCCCACACCCGUGCACCAGGCAGUCCCCACCGACCCCCGGCUUGUGUCAUCUGGGCCCUGGGGCCCAGGUGUCCCAGAUGCUCCAGCGCUCUCCAUCCCAUGCACCUGGUGACGCCCUCCCUCCAUGCUGUUCCGAGGGGACGGCCACCAGUUCAUUCCCUGCCCCAGGCCGCCCCCUUCCCCUUUGUGCCCAUCCUGAUGAACCGGCUUCAUUCCAGGAAUUCCCUGGCCAUCAGCGGGAACCAGGGUGGAGAACUUCCAGAGCCUUCCUGUCUUCCGGGGACAUGCAGAAUGAGCUUAGGUCGCGAGCACGGGCAGAAGCUCUGGACCACGAGAGAGCAAAUGUUAGGAGGGCUGUUCCUCCGGGGCAAACUGCUUUCCCGCUAGUGAUCAUUUCGCCCACUUUCCAAGAUGGGGAGUUAGUUUCAGGUUCCUACGGGAGGUCCUUUUCCUUCCCUUACCACCCCCCCUCCCCAACUCCAAGACUAACAGUCUUGCUCUGCAUGCGCGUCUGCCGCUUCUCUAAGCCUGGCCUAGAAGGCACUGGGAAGUUCCUGUAGACAGACACCCAGAUGACCCGAGCAAGAGACACCUAAGGGGAACGGAAGGCCUCAGGCAGAAAGGAAGGUGGCCCAGAGACAGCCUCCCCGGGGGCGCUCGCCCCACUACACUGGAAUGUCACUUGUUCAGAAGCACCUUAGAACAAGCGAGUCACGGCUUGGGGCUCGGAAACCUGAUUGGAAGCCAGAUGAACUUGGGCCUGAUUCACCCGAGAUGUGUUGACUGUGCACAAAGCUUCUCUUUGCACAAUCAACAAAAAGGGCACUUGUCUAGCAAAGUAAGGGCACAAACCACAUCGCUGGGGGUGGCCUGUUUAGUCUACCUAAAACAAUACUUUUGAAGCACUUUAGGAAUAUCUAUGUAGAAGUAGCCUGAGCUAAUUAUCAUCAGUUCUCAUGUGUUUGUUAAAGAAACAUUUGCAAGACCUUUACUCGGUGACCUUUUUGUAAGACAUUAGUUUGACAUACUCCGUGUGUACUUGAAAAUAAUAAAGUUGCAUUUCUUUACGGAAGAGGAAUCCCUUCCACA